AGAACAGACAUCUUCCUCUUGUUCUACCUGAGAGACAAUCCUAAAGUUUACAAAAUACUGCAAAAGCAGCUCUCUGCAAUUAACUGCACAAUGCAGCUAGAUUUUGAGGAAGAAGAGGCAGUAGUAAGUGGAGAUAUAGAGAAGGGGCUUGGAGGACCUUGUGACGGUGCAGCAGAACACUGGGAACUCCAAGUGGACAAGAUCUUCAUUAAUCUCAUUGAAAGCUACAGGAUCCAUCAUGUGCUUGAGCCCAAACAGGUCAAAAAGGUCCUGCAGGAUCCCUUCUUUGUCACUGAUGACGUAAAAGUUUACUCAGAGAGUGGUUAUGCUGUGAUGGUUGGGGAAGCUGACGUGGUGAAGGAGAAAAUUGCAGUUCUAGAUAAAAGUGUAGCAGUACGUAAAGAGCAGCAAGUUGUGGAGAAGCAGUUCAAACUUAUUGAAGAGGAUUUCAACAGAGAGAUGAGCACAUUUCACCCAGAGGUAAAAAUCAACUGGAGUGUUAACAUGGUCUUUUUAGAAGGCCCUGAAGAGCAAGUACAGUCUGGAUCAACAAAACUUAACGAACUGAUAAUGAAGAUCCAAGAAAAGAAGGUGAAUCUUCCUGCAGAUUUAAUUGCCUUUAUGGCCACCAGCAAUGCCAUCACCAAGUAUCAAACUCAGUUUCAACAAAGUCUCAGAAGUCCAGUUUACUUUGAGGUGGGAUCAGAGCUGCUUCUUUCUAGUUUGUCUUCAGAUGCCCUAAAUGAAGCUGAGACAACACUGCUGAGAGAUUUAAAUGUAUCAAGUGUGAAUCUUCAGGGUGCUGCAGCCAAACCUCCAGAUCUAGACCAACUCAAAGAAAUUCUUAUCAAAGCAAAGAAUGAAGCAAACUGUGGUGAGCAUAGGGUGGAUGUUAGCUUUGUCCCUGGAUACAGUGGUACUCCAUCAGUUAAAGUACAGCUGGUGGGCUACACUGAACAAGUGAACAAGCUUAAAGAGCUUCUCCAUGACUAUCAGGCGAAUCAGGUAUCAGUUCAAGAUGUCCUCAGCUUGCAGUGUCCUGAACUAGUUGACUGCUUUGAUAAAAUCUUAGGAAUAAUUGGCAUGAAGCCGACUGAUGUGAAACUCUCAGCCACCCAUUUUCCAAAUCCAUGUGUACUGUUGUCUGGUCCCCGUUUUCGGGUUCAGGAGACCAAGCAGGCCCUUAUGGUCACUCUGGCUAGCAUGACAUUUGACACAUUAGUCCUGGAUGGUCCUGGAGCUCUGCAAUACUUCCAAGGAGAAGGGAAAGAAAGCAAGGAGCUGGUUGAAAGUUCAUGCCAGGUGAUUAUCAGGGAAAAACAAGGAGUUAGCUCACCAUCAGUGACAACCAUACAGCGAAGCCUCAGCAACAUCAGUAGCAUCACACCAAGACCCAGGAGUCGCACCAACAUGGUGGAACUGAAUGCGUACAGUGAUAUCAAUCUAGAAAUCAAGAUCUGCAGUUUAGAGGAUGAGCAGGUGAAUGUUUUGGUUGUCCCCACACAUGAUAAAAACCUGUCUUCAACAAAUAUUGGGAAAUCUUUGCUAAAGAAAGGUGGAGACACAGUCAAAUCAAAGUUUGACACAUUAGUAGCAUUAUCUGGCCCUGCCCCUGGCGAUGUUCUGCAGGUUGAUGCCAGCGCAUCUCUGGGGUGCUCCAAAAUAUUCUGCAUUGAGUGCCUAUCUUGGGACAGAGCUGGAGGAAUGAGUGUGCAGGCUCUUGCAAAAGGGUUAAAAACAUGCUUGGACCUCUGUGCAGACAAGGGCUUCAGUUCAGUAGCCAUCCCUAUUAUUGGACCAGGUUUGCUCCUAAAAUACCCUUUGAGUGAAGCCGUUCAAGUUCUGACAGAAAGCAUUCGGCAGUUUGCAUUGUCUGGUCAUUGCAAAAAUGUCAACAGCAUCCACAUCAUUAUUAAACCUGGCUACCCUGACUCAGAGAAGAACUACCAUGAAGUGUACAAACAUCUCAGCCUGAUUAUGAACCAGGGGGGCCGAGCACUCUUCAAGUCCCUAACUAGUGACCUUGAUGAUAUCAAUAUAACUGUAAGAGGCGGCGCUAAACUUCAGUUGGUGUUUGGUGAUGUCACCAAUGAGACCACUGAUGCUGUAGUGAACACCACCGACUUCAAAAAUUUUCACAAUGAGGGUGUUUGCAAAGAUAUUCUAACUGUAGCUGGAGCAGACGUGGAAGCUAAGCUAAAAAAAGCAAAAGUAAACCGAGGAGAUAUUUUUGUGACACAACCUGGAAAGUUCCCCUGUAAAAAACUUUUACAUGUAUGUGGAGGGAAAGAAGCAAGUCUGGUUGAAGAACUUGUGUGUAGCAUUAUUGAGUACUGUGAAAAACUUGGGUUUGCAUCUGUAGCAAUUCCUGCUAUCUGUGCCGGAGCGGCUGGGCUGGACCCUGCUGUCGUUGCUGGUGCAAUCCUACGAGGAAUUAACACUGCCACAUCCUCUGGUCCUGGCUGCACCCUUACAGCUAUUCGUAUUGUCCUUAUUAAGACCAACAUCUUCUUGGCUUUUAAAGAAGAAGCAACACAGAUGUUCCCCAUUUUUAAAAGAAAAGAAUCACAAGUACAGUUGCCUCAGGUACAGUCAUGGGCACCUUCACCUCUGAUAGCAGACCAAAGCAUCCUUGAUAUCAGUACUGCGAGCCAGCAGUCUGUCUUCCUGUUCCUUGGUCAAAGCAAAGAUGAUGUUGAUAAAGCUAAGGAGAAAUUGAAAAAUCAGUAUAAGCUUCAAUGCUCAAAUCAUAUCUUUAAAAAAGAGCAGCUUAAGAGUCUCACAGAAGAUGAUAUUGUAGAUGUACAGCAACUGGUGGAGUCAGAGGGUCUGUACAUGACAAAGGAUCUGUCCGGAAACUUGACAAUGAAUGGUAUGAAAGAUGGGGUCAACAAAGCAAUUGUUUUGUUUAAUUCAUUACUGCAUGAUAACCUCAGGAGAGAGGUGAGGGAGAAAGAUGAGGAUGACUUGCAUAUUCGUGUGAUGUGGUGUAUCCUGGGGCAAAAUGGAAACUGGGAGAGACUCCCCAAGACAGCCAAUUACAACCUGGAAAAGAAGGAUGUUGCUGAAGGAAUUGCUGAUGUACAAGGAGUCACAUGGCAAGUGGAUCUGCUUCAUUUAAAAGCCCUAACUCCAGGAAAGACAACAUUUCUCAAGCGUCUUGAAAAUCUGAAAGACUUCACUUUUCCUUUGUACUGGGACAACAUGGCCAGCGAUGAAGCCAUGAAGGUGGUACCUCUGCAGCCUAAUUCGGAAGAGUACAGAAGGGUGGAGGAAGGAUUCAAAAGGACUGCUAAUAAAACUGUUAUGAAGAUUGAGCGUCUACAGAACAUUCAUCUACGUCGUGCUUACGAGGUACAAAAGAAACAGAUAUCGCAGAAGAACAAACAUGAGGGGGGUGCAAAUGAGAAGUUUCUGUAUCAUGGGACGACGCAGGACAACUGUAACUCUAUCAUGACAACUGGCUUCAACAGGCGCUUCUCCGGGCAAAAUGCAACAUCAUAUGGAAAGGGAACCUACUUUGCUGUAGAUGCCAGCUACUCCUGCAACCCCACCUACUCCAGGCCAGCUGCUGAUGGUUCUCAGCUAAUGUUUGUGGUCAGAGUCCUGACAGGGGUCUACACUCUAGGCCAUAAACGAAUGAGGGUGCCUCCACCUCGUGACGAACAGCAACCCCAGUUCCGUUAUGAUAGUGUGGUGGAUAGAAUGGACAGACCCAACAUGUUUGUUGUGUUUCACGAUAAUCAAGCUUACCCUGACUACCUCAUCACCUUCAAGCCGGCUUGGACUCCUUAUCUGUGAUACCGGGCAUUUGUCCGGUGGGCAGGCCCUAAUUUCAGUGUGCAAGGACCAGCCCUUCUUAAAUCAUACCAGCCCCAACUCUUACUCUGUGGCCGAAGCACCUACCUGUGACAGUAAAUAACUGUAGGAGCUUAAGAAGCAUUACAAAUUUAGCUGCCUAAAUGAUGCAUGCAGUAUAUAUAGUCCUUCCUUUUCAUGCAUAUUCUUGCAAUGGUUGGCAUAUGGUCUAAUUCUCUAUUUCUUCAAACUGUAAAAUCCUUACAACAAACUAAAUUAUAAUAAAACUAAAAUGCUUUCUUUAAACCAAACUACGAUUUUCCUAUUAUAUUUGGUGAAUUUAUGUUAGAAUAUUUUGCAGAAAUAUGUUGCGGUGCACGAUGGGCUAAAAAAUUGGUAAACAUUUUUUUUCUUUAGAUUUAUGGCCUAAGAUAUCAAUAAACUUUAGUUCAAAUUGGGCGAGAUUUUGUGUAUCCAGGUGGUUUUAAGAAACUUUUUGGGGCUGGAAACGUGAGUCAGUGACAUCUGUCAACCAUGCUGAUGUGGUGGGUGGCACUGGUCCAUGGGAAUACGGAUGCUGCAGAUGUUGCUUUGGUUAUAUUUUUAUUUCAUUGGACACCAGUCCGAGCCUAUCAAGCAAACCAGAAGAGAAUCUUCUCAAAGUUUGUAUUAUUUCUGAAGCACUUUUAAUGUUGUACAGUAGCCUAUGAUGUUUUAUAAAGCUGUUUAUUCCCAGACAUCUAAUACUGUCUGUUAUAUCUGAACUCAAGUCAUAUAAAAGGAUGUUAUGGUGCAAAUUAGCCUUAGAAUUUUGAUCUUUUUUCUCAUUUUUAUACCUGGCCAUUUCUGUUGACCAUCUGGAAUUUCUGAUCUAACU